AUGGCCGAAGCGAUGAAGGAACAAAUUCUGACACUCAAAGUUAUGCGCCUUGCCCGUCCCAAAUUCUACGAAAAUAUUUGCAUGCCGAUUGAUCCAGCUGAUACAACCAGUCAACUGAUUGGUUCUGCUCUUUGUCGUUUAACAGGACAAGAAGCUGCUGAUAUGCCUAUUGGGAAAUAUCUUAUGGCACCGCAAAAGUUCGAGAAUAUUUAUUUGGGAGAGACCUUCACUUUCUAUGUUUGCGUCCAAAAUAUAAGUGAUAAGGUUGCUACAGACAUAUGUGUCAAGACUGAUUUGCAAACCACAAGCCAGCGCAAUGCUCUACCGUCACAGCUACAAGAAGCGAAUGCUGUGCUUGAACCAGGGAAAUGUUUGGGAGAAGUUAUUACCCAUGAAAUCAAAGAAAUUGGACAGCACAUAUUAGUAUGUGCCGUGAGCUAUAAAACAUCUAAGAAUGAAAUGUAUUUUCGGAAAUUUUUCAAAUUUCCAGUCACCAAACCAAUCGACGUUCGGACAAAGUUUUAUAACGCGGAGAACAAUGAUGUUUAUUUGGAAGCACAAAUUCAGAAUACUUCUGAAUUACCAAUGGUUCUGGAGAAAGUAAUCCUGGAACCAUCCGACUUUUAUAUAAGUUCUGAAAUCUCACCUCCUGAAACAGAAAAUGAAAGUAUGGAGCAGUCUUAUCUCAAUCCAAGUGAUAUCCGACAGUAUCUGUUUUGUCUGAAACCGAAAACAACAGAUUAUUCCCUUAAUUAUUUUAGGAAGGGAACAUCAAUUGGGAAGUUAGAUAUGGUUUGGAGGACUAGCAUGGGAGAAAGAGGCCAUUUACAAACGAGUGCUUUGCAACGAAUGGCUCCAGGAUAUGGUGAUUUGCGACUGACAAUUGAAAAAAUACC